GUCAAAUGACAGUAUAACCUAAAAUUAAUUUGGUCAUUUGAUAAAAAAUAUAGAUAUAUAAAAAAUCAGCGCAAUUAAAGUCGGAACAGUAGGUCAUAUACGUAGCUUUGACCAAAGUAGGUAGCUAGUGAUUCGUACCAAUAAACACUUAAAGGCAAAUAUAAUGAUUUUCAGAAAAUUACCUCUGAGGUUGUACACCCAAACCUGCAAAGCUUAUUACGUCACCAAGGCACCCAAACCAGAAAUCCCAAAGAACCCCCUAACCAAGGUGUAUUCAGCGUCGGAGCAGAAGAGUAACGGCAUAGUUUACGACAGGAAGCCCUUCAGAGUUACGUUGGAGGAGGGUAAGACGUACCACUGGUGCCUCUGCGGGCGCUCCAAGUCGCAGCCGAUGUGUGACGGCACACACAAAGAUGUAUAUUUGAAGAUUACUCAAAGGCCAAUCAGGUUCACCGUAGAAAAGACUAAAGAGUACUGGCUGUGCAACUGCAAGCAGACCAAGAACCGUCCGUUCUGCGACGGAGCCCACAAGUCCAAAGAAGUGCAGGAGACGCACAUCAAGGUUUAGAUGGCCACUCUAGUGUUAUAUGUAAUGGGGUAUACGUCCACCUGUUUCUAUUAUACAAGUAAGGUAAUUUGCUCAAAAGUACGGAGCUACCCAUUUUUGGAAUCUUCGGAUUACGCAUUGAAACUAAAAGACAAUGUUAGACCCAUGGUGAGUUAGACUGAAAAGUAGUAAUCAACUUUGUGUAGCUGAGUUUAGAUCUUAUUUUGUAGAAAUACAUAAAAACUACUGUUGCCUCCCAUAUCCAGGAUUUUAAAAAAACUUUUCCACUUUUCUUUCCUUACAAUUGUACCUUAAGAAGAAACAUAAAUAUAUGUUUAAAUGUACAAAUAGUAUACAAUAAAUUAGUACAGAUGCAACUCAUUUAGCUGUUUAAGCAUAAUUGUUUCUGUGGGGGUCGUCCAUCUUUUAUACUACACUAAAUUUUGGAACCCCCCUCCUAUAUGUCACGCGUUUUCCUAUCUGCGCAAAAAUUUGUUAAUGCACUUCAAUUUGGCAUACUCACUUCCCCCUAUUUCUAAUAUUUCUAUGACGUAAUAUGUGGAUGACCCUAUGUAGAUAUGUAGUUAGAUUUUUAUUGUAAUUAGUAAAGGAUAAUAAAUCUAUUUAACAACA